AAUGAUAGUUAUCCGCUUUCAAAUUUGAUUCUUAAUCAAAUUCAAACUUCAAAGAACAGAAUAAGUUUGAUUGAAACUUGAUUUCUCACAAGUGAAGGGACUCUGGUACUAUAAAUAAGAGAAAAAGGAAAAACAAGAGGAAAACCGAAAACCAGAUCAAAAAAACGGAGGCAGAACCACAGCAAAAACAAAGCAAAAACCCAGAGAAAGAAAUAAUACACAGAGAGGAGGAGAGGAAAGGAAACCAGCAUACACAGAGAAUUGUCCCCGCCAUUGCCUUCAUCUCUGCAGACAUUCCUGCACAAAAAAUAAAACACCCAAAACAAACUCACAGCAGGCCGGCAUCAUCUUCUUAGUGUUAAAGGCUGCUGAGAAAAAGAAAGGAAAACACAGACCAGUGAGCACAGAGAAGGCCGUGAAAACGAAGGGAAACAGGAGACAAACACAGGAAGGACAGAGAAAAAAAAUAGCGAUGGGAACUGGAGAAAAAUCAGAAGAAAAACCGAGAGGGAACCAGGGGAAAAACAAAAGAAAGGACUGAACCGAGAGAGGGGGAGCAAGAGGAGAAAAAGAACGGACGGUGAGAGAGUCAGGAUAAUAAAAGAGCAAGAACAGAGAGACUAUACAGAAGGCCACAUGAUAGCGAAAUAAACACAGAACAGGGACAGGCAGGAAGAAACCAAUCAGAGAAAAGCAAGAACAAAGGAGAAGGGAAGAGAAAGGAGCUUCGCCGACGAAUCUUUCAUCACGUUUUCAUCUUCAUAGCUACCAGGUUGGAAUAUAGGUUCCCCAUUGAAACCCAUCUAUAACACUCGUUCGGGAAAAAGACAAAUGGAAAACGAAGAAAGAGCCCAGUUGGAAGCCCAACAUCAAAAAGAGGUGGACAAUCUUAAGGAAGAAGUCACAAGGCUUACUAGUCUACUCGAGCAAGCCUUGAGAGACAAAUCCGGAAAAGCAACACAUAUAGCUCAGCCUGAACCUAUGCUCGUAAAUCCCUUCACUCCACAGAAUCUGGGGGCAAACGAGAAGGAAUCUCAAAAAGGCAAGAUGGUAAAAGAAGAUGAUCUGAACAAAUUCAUUGCCCUAGAGCAAAGGAUGAGGGCAUUUGAGGGAAUUCGCCUAUAUGAUCCUAUAAAGGCUGUUGAGAUGUGUUUGGUGCCCAACGUUGUCAUUCCCAAAAAUUUUAGAGUGCCAGAAUUUGUUAAAUAUACGAGAACUCAAUGCCCUAUAACUCAUCUCAAAGCAUACUGCAACAAAAUGGCUGAGGUGGUUGAUGAUGAGAAACUUCUGAUUCAUUUCUUUCAAGACAACUUGAGUGAUGUUUCCCUCACUUGGUAUAUGCGGUUGGACAAUACCAAGGUAAAAAAAUGGAAGGAUUUAGUUGAUGCCUUCAUGAGGCAAUAUAAGUUCAAUAUAGACGUGGGCCCUGAUCGGUUAAGCUUCCAAGCUAUGGAAAAGGACAACAAGGAGUCCAUAAGGGAAUACACCCGAAGAUGGAGUGAGGUAGCUGCACAAGUUAACCCUCCUAUGUUGGAAAAAGAGAUGAUUAGUUUAUUUUCCAACACCUUUAAAGCUCCGUUCUUUGAAUACUUGGUUAGAAGCUCUGCACAAUAUUUUACUGACUUGGUUGUUAUAGCUAAGAGGAUUGAACAGGCCAUUGGGUUAGGUAAGAUUACUAACCCGACUGAGAAGAACGGUUUCACUGAAAGUGGUUGCCAAGGCACUUAUCGUUCCUAUAGCUAAUUGCUUCACACCGACUCCCAGAAAUCAACUAUCUUGAAGAAAAGCUAUGUUGAUAUUAGGUCGAGAAUGAUCUACAUCUGAUUUCAAUUGAUUGUUGAAAAGAUGCCAUUGUCGAGGAGAAUGAAUGAUUGAAAGAUUCCAGAAAUUCCAAUCAAUGAUCGUUAAAUGUUUAGCCCCUUUAUGUGUUAUCAUCCCAGUGUUCAUAGCCCAAGAUGUUGGCAUAAGUUCUUUGUUGUUAAACUUCUUUUCCAAAGUUUCAAUGAAAUAAUAAGUUCGUCGUUCAAUCA